GUUCCAUGGAGACUGGGGAGCGCGCCCGCCUCAUCAUCAUCCUUGUCCUCCAGCUUAUCCUUCGCGUCCGCCGAAACCGGCAGCAGCGCUGCCGCCGCGUCCUCUGCCGCCGCCCGCUCUUCCCACGGAUGUGAUCUUCGUGGUGGGAAGCUAAGUUUUUAAACUACCCCAAUGGAUGCAGACAGUGAUGUUGCAUUGGACAUUCUAAUUACAAAUGUAGUCUGUGUUUUUAGAACAAGAUGCCAUUUGAACUUAAGGAAGAUUGCUUUGGAGGGAGCAAAUGUCAUUUAUAAGCGUGAUGUUGGAAAAGUAUUAAUGAAGCUUAGAAAACCUAGAAUUACAGCUACAAUUUGGUCCUCAGGAAAAAUUAUUUGCACUGGAGCAACAAGUGAAGAAGAAGCUAAAUUUGGUGCCAGACGUUUAGCCCGCAGUCUCCAGAAACUAGGAUUUCAGGUAAUAUUUACAGAUUUUAAGGUUGUUAACGUUUUGGCAGUUUGUAACAUGCCGUUUGAAAUCCGUUUGCCGGAAUUCACAAAGAACAAUAGACCUCAUGCCAGUUAUGAACCUGAACUUCAUCCUGCUGUGUGCUAUCGGAUAAAAUCUCUAAGAGCUACAUUACAGAUUUUUUCAACAGGAAGUAUCACAGUAACAGGGCCCAAUGUAAAGGCUGUUGCUACUGCUGUGGAACAGAUUUACCCAUUUGUGUUUGAAAGCAGGAAAGAAAUUUUAUAAUCCAUCGCUUAAUUGGUUAGAAUCCCUAACUGAGCACCUUUUAAAACCUGCUGCACAUUGGACUCAAAAGGAAAACUGGACCAACAGUAAUCGAGGAAAUAGACUCUUUUAUUCAUUGACGGCUACAGUAAGCUCCAGUCCCUUCGGAUUUUAUUUCAAACCUUGCUGUAAUAUAAAGAGGAAGUUUACAAGACAUGACUUUGCUGCUUUUACAAAAGGACAUUCUAUUUAUUUUCGCAGUAAUUUUCAUGUCCCCAUAAGCAGAGCUGUCACAGUGUGCACUACCUUAAAUUGUUUUGUUGUCAUUAUUUUUUUUCCAGUUUGAGCUAACGUGUUUUAUUUGUGAAUAGUCUUUUACAUUUUUGUAUGCUAAUAUGGGCACCAAAGAACCUGUAAAAGUUAUCUUUUUCAAUUGAAUGUGCACAAAUAAAAGUUUGGAAAAGA